AUGCUCAUACCCGUGACAUUCGAUCGACAUCCAUCGACAUCCUCUUUGCAAAAGCUACCACCAUCACUCCUAAAGAUAUCUCAUGAUGAAGUGGUCUUGCUAGACCUCCAAGGGGCACUCGAAGUUGACUCCUCACAUCCUAAUGAACGUGAUGGCAAAUUCAUUGGAACUCUGACUAUCGAUGAUGACAUGAAACGGUCAACUCUUCGAAUUGGGCAUCAUCUCAUUGAAGGAAAGCUCGUCAAUUUACCAAAACCAUUGGCUGUGCUUCAUCGAUCACCAGCACCAGUGCGCAUAUCUGAUUCCCGGUGGACUGGCGAGGACAGUGGAGGGGAUGAGGAUGUGGUAAUGGACGAUCUACAAUGGAACACAUUGGCGAUCGUUAAACGUAAAAUUAUAUUUGCGAAACGACCAACGCCACUCGCAGGAAGACUAAAUUGA